GAUUUCUCCGGAUUAUCCUUAAGACUUUCGUUGGAAUUUUGACCUGACGCUGUGGUGAGCUCUGGACGGAAGCCAUGUCUCGCAAACUAUUCGUGCACCCAGCCGUCGUGAUGCCCUUAUUUACCCGAUCGAUGGGGUCAGAGAGUAGGUUCUUUCCGGCAGAGAGGACCUCCAUGCUUCGCAACAAACUGUUUACUGACCGCACUGCUCUGGUCACCGGAGGGGGUAGUGGUUUGGGGAAGAGCAUAGCAAAAAUUCUGGCUAUCUUGGGCGCAAACGUAUUCAUCAUUAGUCGCCGGGAGGAGGUACUAAAGUCUGCGUGUGAAGAGAUUAAAGACCAAAUUGGAACUAAGAACAUGGAUUAUGCUGUCGCAGACGUCCGAGAUACCGAGGCUGUUCGGCGGGCUCUAGAUGCAUGCCGAGCCAAAUUUGGUGUGCCAGACCUGAUUGUCAACAAUGCCGCUGCGAAUUUCAUUUCUCCAACUGAGCGACUGUCCUCAAAUGCUUUCGGAACCAUUGUGGACAUCGUCCUCAAAGGUACAGCUAAUGUGACACUACAGACGGGGAAAGAUCUAAUCGCUGCUGGAAAACAUACGCUAAGCAUGCCCAUUUGUGCAUUCAAAUCUCCGGUAACCAACACGAUGACUGAGCUUCUAGCUCGCCGCAACGGAGCAUUUGACGGCGUGCAGGCUACGGUCAGUUGGAGCGUAAGCAGACACGCUGGAACCUUCUUGGCCAUCUCAGCUGUGUACACGCAGACUGGUUCCGCUUAUGUCGUUCCGAGUGCAGCCGCAAAAGCCGGAGUGGAGGCAAUGGUGAAAUCUCUCGCCGUCGAAUGGAGUCGCUAUGGUCUGCGUUUCAACGCCAUCGCUCCCGGCCCUAUCUACACUAAAGGUGCUUUUUCUCGACUCGAUCCGACUGGGGAAUUUGUAAAACGACUGCCAUCCCGAAUCCCGGCACAAAGGCUUGGUACACCCGAAGAAUUGGCCAAUCUUGCUGCCUACCUGCUUUCGGACUACUCUAGUUGGCUCAAUGGACAGGACCGUGAUCUGAGGGUGAUCAACUUUGACGGUGGUGAAACCGUGGCACUGGCUGGUGAAUUUAAUUCUCUGCUUUGUCACCUGAGCGACAAAGACUGGGAUGCCAUAGAGCAACUGAUCCGGAAAAAUAAACAGUCGUGAUUCCUUCAUCCCCAACCGGAUCUAUCACCCACCCCCCGUCGCCACACGUCUUUUUCUUGCUGUGAUAUGGUCACUUUUAUCAUCUUACACCUCUCAGUGACGAACCACCGAGCUCUGUUCAUUCGUUGUCAUUUCUCACCUAUCCGGCAUGUUACUAGUCAUGUUUUUUACGAAACAAAAUAUUUCCCAAU